AAGAAGAAUUAAGGACAAGGAACGAGGUUUUGGAGUCUCCAAGAAUUCCUCUCUUGCCUUCGCCUCCUUCCACCAUGACCAUGCCAAGCCCCCAGCAGCAGCCACCAUAUGUUCGUGCAAGACAUAGUCCAUGCUUUGAUGGCCUGCUAAGAGGCCAUGACCAGACCACACAGAAAAAGAUUAUAGUGUCUGAUGAUGAAGAGGUGAUGACGAUAGAAAAGACGUCAUACAAAGUGAUUAGAAUGAAAGAGAAACUGCCUAGUGUUCUGCUUCCACUAUCUGCUGCCUCUUACUAUCAUGGCAUCUCACCCCAAAUGGAAAUUGUUGAGUACAGUGAGAGCAUUAACAAGCUCAAUGCGUAUUUGAAGGCAACAAAGGAUGAUGUUAAUGCUGGUGUGCCUGCCAAGUUCCUACGUGCUGUCAUCGCUUCCGAUCAUGCCGUGAUGACAGAUGUUGGAAGUGUGGCAUCAACUAUCAUGUAUUCAUAUUACCUUCAUGUAACUUCAAAAAGCGAGCAAUUCUGCACAGUGCCAAUCAUCAACAUUGACCGGGCCAAUCUUGCAUCUCAUGUUGAACUCAACUGGUUGCUUCAUUCAUGUCAAAUUGAUCACUCAUCCCUAAUAUUUGUAGAUGAGAUUGAUCUGUCGUAUUAUGAUUUAUUUGGAAGCCUUAAGAUUGUACUCUUGAAGUGUAACAAGAUUUCCCAUAAGCAGGAGAAAUUAAAGCAAGCUGUGGUUGAAAUGUUUCACUGCACGAAGAGCGAGACAAUAUAUCCGUGGGUUAAGACUAUCACAACAGGAGAGGAAAGUACUUGUUGCACGGCCAUAGCGGAAAAAUUCUUUACGCAUUCGCCUGAAAUUCUUGCCGGCAAAUCCAUCAGCAGAAUUUUGUUAGCGGGUAUCCUUUUGGACACUGGGAAUCUAAGGGAUCCUCAUUGCAGCGACAAAGAUAAGUACACAGCUUCAUUAUUAAUCAAUGGUGCUGGUCGUUAUGGGUGCAAUGGACUUUACCAAUUAUUGAAGUACAAAAUGCAUGACCUGUCCUCUCUGCAAGUAUCAGAUAUCCUCCGAAAGGAUUUUAAGAAGUGGACUGGCCAAGAGAUUAGUGGAGAAUCAAGGUCAUUGUCGCAAAUUGGCAUGAGUUGUAUUGGAAUUUCAAUUGGACAGCUUCUGGCUCACACAAAAAAUCCAGCCCAAGAAAUAACCUACUUCCAGUCGUUGGAAAAGCUUCGGGCAGUUAUUAUCGUUUCUGGGUAUUACAACGAGGACAAGAAUUUCAAGAGGGAAAUUUUAGUUUCAGCAGAAUCUGUGAAACUAUUGGAGAGUUUGCUCUUCUUCUUCGAUUUCAAUGCCUCCCGUCUCCCCCUAAAAAGUUUACAUAUAGCAGGUCUGAAAAAUGAGACGAUGAAAGCGUAUGAGAUUGAUAAGAUCACAUCAAGAAAAAUAGUAGAGCAUCUCAUAAACGAAUUUAUUGGGACAUCAAAAGCUAUAUAGGCUUUACUUUACAAGAAGCUCCU